CAUCGUGGCGCGCGGUCAGCGACAUCAACCCUGGUUGGCGGGAAUUUUAAAAUUCGAACUUCGAACGCGAAUUCCAUGGUGUAGUGAAUAUUAAAAAUAAAACUAGUGAUUGAAAAAAUGGUUUGUAAAGUGACACCAAGGAUUAGCUCUCCCACGCAAAGGAGUGCCAAUAAUGAAUCACAGGACACACAAACACAAGAAGUCGUGGACUAUGAAACCGCUUUGGAUUUGGCUGGUUAUGGAAACUUCAGUCGAAGCGCGCUAGGUGCAUGCGCGUGCGCAUUCUUCACGACAGGAGUGCAGAAUUGUUUGAUGUCGUAUGUGUUGCCGGCGGCCAAGUGUGAACUGCAACUUACCACAUACCAGGCCGGAUUGAUCAAUAUGGCCUUUAUGAGCGGUGGAGUAGCAAGCGCGUUCUUCUGGGGAAUAGUUGGGGAUGUGUUCGGGAGACGAAGUGUGCUCAGUUUGACGUUGCUAUUGGAUGCUGCAUUGACAUUGGCUCAGAGUACAGUCCCAGACUACAAGUUGCUAUUGGCUGCACGGUCCAUAAACGGAUUUUUAAUUGGUGGUCCAUCAACGUUGGUAUUCACCUAUUUAUCUGAUUUAGUGGGUGAGAGGAAGAGACAGUUCUAUCUGAACAUAACAGGGAUGAGUUUUGUAGCAGCUUGGCUUGUUUUACCAGCAUUCGCUUGGCUCAUUAUACCGUUCAAUGCAUUAAAUGCAACGAGCGUUCUCCCCACGUAUUCCUGGAGAUUGUUCCUCGCGUUGGCCAGUUUGCCAGGCUUCAUUUCUGGAUUCUGGAUCCUGUACCUACCUGAGAGUCCAAGAUUAUUGUGUGAUACCAACAGGAGUGAGAAGGCAUUGGAUCUUCUGAGCCAGAUACAUAAGGUUAAUAAUGGAAAAACCUCUGAGUUUAAGGUAAAGAAAUUAAUACAAGAUAACAUACUUGUAACGAAGACGCCAAAUGGCGAGCAAAACAGAACGAAAGCGUUGUUCAUUGGCGUGUUGAAGGACUUGAGGAUGUUCGUGUCCAAGAGCUACGCGUUUAAAUCCAGUUUGAUCCUGUUUGUUUUCUUUGCCAAUAUGGCGGCAGGCUUUGGUCUCAAUCUCUGGAUACCCGAGCUGCUUCUGCGAAUGCAAGGACGCAUGUGUAGGAUGGCAAGCUUGUUGGAGAACACGCGGAGGAAUAACGCCACUAACAUGUGGACGGGGAGUAAACAGGACAGGAUGAGUGCAGAAUCUAUACUCGGUUACAAUAACAGCAUCGGGGAAUUAGGGAUGAGUGAUGACCAGUGCGACGGCAGUAUGGAUGAUAAUAUCUUCACGUCGGGUCUGAUCGUGGGCGCGUGCUGCGUCUUAGGCAACGCGGCGUGUGCUAUAGUGUGUGCACGUGGCGGCGGGCGUGGCGUGCGUCGUGCGGCAGCCGCGUGUGCGCUAGCGUGUGCGUGCGCGUGCGCGUGCCUGGCCGCCGCCGCGUGCGCGUGCGCAGCCUCCCCGCAGGCCGCAGUGGCUGCUGCCGCCGCGCUCAACGCAGCAUCGCUCAACGGGAAUGUGCUGCUUAUUAGGCUGUUGUUGCAUGCGCUGCCGGCUAAGUUGAGCGGUCUGGGCGUAUGCUGGGGCGCGUGGUGGGGACGGGCCGGCGGCGUCGUGUCCAACCUCGCCGUGGGGGCACUCCUCGAUUACUCCUGCCCGGCGCCAUUUAUAUCUGUUGCCGCACUUCUUGCUGUAUCAAUCGGCGCAAUCAUGAUCAUCAAGCUAGAAGAGAACAAAGAAGAAUCACAGAGCACUGACGACGCAGAAGACAGCGAGAAGAAUACAGGUUUAGAUAGGUAUAUAUCGACUCAUAUGUAGAUAGUGUAGACAAUUAGUACAAUGUUUGAUUCUCAUUUGUUCUAGAACGAAUUGUAGUGUAGUACAGUUUUGUUGUUUAUGAAUAG